GCCCUGACACGGUUUGCAUCGCAGUAGCACAGUGUGCAGACGAGCUGCAGCUGGAUGUCAGAGGAGCACGGGGAAAUACUGCAAUAAUCCCUCAAUGUGAUGAAAAUAUAGGAAACUUUAAAAAUAUCUCCAGGAUAAUCUGACGCACCGAGGAAGAAAACGUCAAUUAGGCUAUAUAUUGGAAUUAGCAUCCUAUUUCUGCCGACAAGGUGCGUGAAUUCAAAAUGUUGCCACAUUUCUGCUUCCUGUUGUUACUAUGCGUGGCCCGGCUGCUCCCCCACUCUUCGGCGCUGCCCUUCGAGCAGAGAGGCUUCUGGGAUUUUGCCAUGGACAGUAUGGACAGUGACAAGAUGAUGACGAUGAUGAUGAGGGACGAGGAAGAAGGCUCAGCCGUGGAGGAGAUCCUCCCUCCUGACAUCCAUAUGUGUCCCUUCGGCUGCCACUGUCAGCUCCGAGUCGUACAGUGCUCUGACCUCGGGCUGACCGAGGUGCCAAAGAAUAUUCCUCAGGACACAAAGUUCCUGGACCUGCAGAACAACCGCAUCACAGAGUUGAAAGAGAACGAUUUCAAAGGCCUCACUAACUUAUACGGUCUGUCUCUGAGGAAUAACCAUAUUUCUAAAGUCCACCCCAGAGCCUUUGUCCCUCUGAAGCACAUGCAGAAACUCUACUUCUCUAAGAAUCUGCUGACCACCAUCCCCAAGAACUUGCCCGCCUCUCUGGUUGAGUUAAGGAUCCAUGAGAACCGCAUCAAGAAGAUUGCAGCUGGUGCCUUUGCGGGACUGGGCAGCAUGAACUGCAUAGAAAUGGGAGCAAACCCCAUCAUGAACAGUGGAUUUGAGCCUGGAGCUUUCAAGGGACUGAAACUGAAUUAUCUGCGUAUAUCAGAGGCCAAGCUGACAGGAGUGCCCAAAGAUCUCCCUGACAGUCUUCAUGAGCUCCAUCUGGACCACAACCAGAUCCAGGCUGUGGAACUGGAGGACCUAAGCCGCUACAAAAACCUUUACAGGUUGGGCCUUGGCUUUAACCACAUUCGUAACAUAGAGAACGGCAGCCUGUCCUACCUCCCCAGACUGAGAGAGCUGCAUCUGGACAACAAUAGGCUCACUCGUGUUCCCAAAGGUCUACCCGAGAUGAAAUACCUGCAGGUGGUGUACCUCCAUUCUAACAACAUCAACCAGGUAGGCUUGGACGAUUUCUGCCCUCGAGGAUUCGGGAUGAAGAGGACGUUCUAUAACGGCAUCAGCCUGUUUGGGAACCCUGUCAACUACUGGGAGGUGCAGCCUGCAACGUUCCGCUGUGUCAGCGACCGGCUGGCUAUUCAGUUUGGAAACUACAAAAAGUAAAAGCUGGGGGGAUACUGAGAGAUGGAGAGAGUUAUAAGAAGGGAAGGAGGAGGAGGAGAUAACUUAAAUUUUAAAUAAAACCCAAGAGAGUUUUGGAGCUAGCUUGAGAGGAACUGAUUAAAUAAAAAGAAAAGUGAAAAAUACAAUUACAUAACUUGAAAGGAGUGGAAAGCAAAGCACUUGCAGUACUUCACCUGAGUUUUCACACUCUCCAUUUUUAAGAUUUGCCAUCAGAAAUGGAUCAAAUGGAGACUUUUUGAGAUGAAUGUUUUCCCCAAGCCUAAAAUCAAUGAAAAAAAACGAGUACUGAAAAACUUGUGAAGCAUUUCAUUCCAUGUUUUAUACACAUAGCGCUUUAUUUGAUAGAAGACAUUUUGUUUCAUUAACACUUUUCAGAUUCAAGUAAGAAAAUAGAAAAGCAAUGCAUUAUAGAUGUUUUAUAUAUACAUAAAAAGGUGCUGUAUGACUUUCUGUGUGCUUAUUUUGGAGUUAAAUCACAUUGUGCCUGUUUGGCCCUGAAACUGUGAUUAAAUUCAAUUUAUCAAAUGAUUAUCACUGAUUUGGGGCCAUUUCCAACACUUACAGACAUAAAAAUGACAUAAAGAACCAAUUAUCCAGUUUUUGCAGUUUGGGAACAUUUUGUAUAUAUCAUGGUAGUCGAAUGAUUAAAAUUGUAAAUGUACAUUGUUGAAAUUUCCCUUGAGUGUUGAACAUUUUUCUUAUUGAUGUGAGCAAGUGAACCAGCAGCCUGUCUGUGUAAAAGUCUCUUCUGUGCCUUUACUAACUAUUAUUCUGUCUGAAUGAUACUUUAAUGCAGUAUUCCUCGAGGGGACACUGACUUAGUAGGGGUUUGCCCCAGUUAGAGAAAAAAACACACAUCCGCUUGGCUUUGACACAAUGAAGGCAGUGUGUUAGUGCUACAUACUACAGUAGUGUUGUUGCAUUGUUUGCACAGUUUUCUGUUAUGCUUUAUCUGCUUCAGGGUUAUGGGAGGAUUAGUCUGUUUACAUUAGUAAACCUUUGUGGAUCGACUUCAGCCGUAUGAGUAUACUGUCCUAUCUCUGUUUAGUAAUCUGACCAGCUACUGCUGCAUGUGAAUAAAGACUUUUUAGCCUGCUGCAUAAAGCCAGAGAACAACUGAUGCUCUUAGGUUGGAUGCUGUGUGAAAAAUAAAGAAAAAUUCACAUCCGUAGAGAACUGAGUCCAAACUUUAUGAUACAAAAACACAGAGAUCAAAUGUGUAAAAAUUAACUCUUUGACCAGUUGUGUGAAUAUUUAAGAAAGUGGUGUUCUUCUGAUUUUGAUAUGUUUAAAGUUAUCAGGCCCUGAAAAGGCAUUAAAUGUCAAAACGCCUAAUGUAGUAAUUCUGACUUGAAGUCAUGAAUUUGUCAUGAUUCUGAAUUCUUUAAUGCUUUUAAAUGGUGCAACAUCUGAUAAA